CCCACCGCCCCCUCCCCGGCCCCUGGGCCGGGGCCACGCGGCCGAGCGCCGGGCCGGGGGGAGGUCGCCGGGGCCGCGCGUGCCGGCGUGGACGCGAGCGCCCUCGCACGACGCCGGCCCGGCACGAGCCGAGUGGGAAGGGGCCCCGGGCCCCGAGGCCAGCCUGCCCGGGCCGUCCUUGCUGGCUCCCGCCCUCGCGGCCUAGUUGGAGCCUGGGGAGGGGAGCUGGGCCUGGCCUGGACCCCUCCCCGAGGGGGCCCCCGCCCCGGGCUCCUUGGACCGGGGGUGGCCGGGAGGCCGACGCGCAGUCUGGUGUCCUGCGUGAAGUACCGGGAAAGCGAAAGGCCCCGGGCCCCUCGCGUCCACGUCCCGGAACUGGGGCGAGUGGAUGGGACACUGGGCCCCGGCAGCCUCCGGCUCCUUGCAUGCAUGGAGCCCUUUUGGCCCUGCGGAGCACACCCCGAGGACUACAGCUCGGCUUCAGUCGGCGCGUCCCAGCGGGCCGGAUCCCACCCCCAGCCCCAGGCUUGCGCAGGCUUCUGCGGGGAACCCGCGCUCCUGCCCAUUCCUAGCGUCUGCUCUCGGCGCCUUGUGCUCCUUCCAGUCCCAGACAGAACCCACCUCCUACCCAGGUGGGAAGGCCCCAGUUAGGGGCCCUGGAGGAUUUGUCCUCCUUGUGCCUUGUGUCCGGGGUCAGAGGUCAGCAGCAAAGGAGCUGAUUCCUGCUGAGUCAUCGCUGGGGUGUGACGGGUGUCCCUCUCUCUCUCCCUUCGGGCAGCGUUCAGUAGGCAGAUGUGUGAGGGGGCACGCCAUCGGUGUCUUGUCAGGGGCUAGGGGCUGGAGAGGGGGCCGCUGGCCAGUCCACAGUUCAAGGGUGUGCAUGGUGAAAGGAAGAAAGGCAGUGGGCUUAGGGCUGUUGUUGUUGAGGCCAUGCAGGGCGCCCUGGCGUGGGCAUGCAGGAGGGCACCCCCGUUCCGGGGCACCUUGGCACUGCCCUCCUCCCCAUGACUGCCAGGCUGGAUGGUUUCUGUAGACUCCCCUUCCCAGUGGGGUGUGGAGCACAGGAUCCCUUCUGUGUUCCCCCAGCUUGGGAAGGGCUCUCUCUCUUAUGUAGGGAGCACGAUCAUGCCCCCAGGCCCUGCCUGGUCCAACACAGACCCCAUACCACGGAAUUCCAGAGUCUUCCCGCCCCCACCUUCUGUCGGGUCCUGGGGGAGGCCCCACUACAGACAGACCUGCACCUGGUACCCUGGUGCAGUCUGCCCCUGAGACCAGUACGGGCUUCUCGCGUAGCUGCGCAGAGUGAUGGGGGAUGGCAGAUCUGGUUUCCUGCAGACCCUCUCCCUGGUAGCACGGCCCACCCCCGCUGCACAUCCAGUUGGCCUGUCACUCCCCAGGGAGAGUGGACAGGGAAAGUGCCUUAGGUCAUCCUGCCCCACAGUCUUGACCCCUACUCCAUCCUGUUCCCAGCUGCCUCCGAGCACCCAAUGACCCCGCCCGGUGAGCAGCACCCAGCUGCUCCUGUGGACCGGGCCGCACUGCACUCUGGCAGGACCAGCACCCAGGAGCGUGGGAGCUAGGCGGGAUCUGAAUCCCGCUCAGUCCUGGCCCAAAGCAGUGGCUGGGGUUGGGGGGGCUGGGCCUGGGGCUCUCCUUCCAGGGUAGGAGGAGGCGGUUUAGGGAUAGGAGGUUGAUGACCCCUGGGGGUUCAGAAAAGCCCCGCCCCACCCUUGGCGUUGCAGAGCUCAUGGCCACUUCUGUCAGCCUAGGCUCCCUCACAGGCCCCCUCAGGAGGCAUGUGGACUGGAGUGGACCGGGCAGCGUUUGAUGUCCUCAAUAAACUGGGGACAAGGGGAGAAGCACGUGUGGAGCCCGGGGUGAGCCUGAUGGCCACAGCCAAGGGUUCGGGCUUCAUCCAGAGUCCGGGGGGGUGGGGCGGGCAGCAGGGCCUGACCAGAGAUGGAAGACCACCCCCGGCACGCAGCGCUGGGCUGAGCCAUGCUGGACUCCAAGCUUGUGCAGCCCCUGGCCCCGACAUGGCCCGUCGCUCCCAGAGCUCCUCGCAGGGGGACAACCCGCUGGCUCCCGGGUACCUGCCACCUCACUACAAAGAGUACUACCGCCUGGCGCUGGAUGCCCUGGCCGAGGGGGGGCCGGAGGCCUACAGCCGCUUCCUGGCGUCCGAAGGGGCACCUGCCUUCCUGUGCCCAGAGGAGCUGGAGCACGUGAGCCGCCACCUGCGGCCCCCUCAGCAUGUUGCCCGCGAGCCCCCUGAAGGCAGCCCCCCCAACGUGGACAUGGAUGGCUCCUCGGGCACCUACUGGCCCAUGAACUCAGACCAGGCAGUGCCUGAGCUCGACCUAGGCUGGCCCCUGACCUUCGGCUUCCAGGGCACUGAGGUCACCACACUGGUGCAGCCACCCCCACCGGACAGCCCCAGCAUCAAGGACGAGGCACGAAGGAUGAUUCGCUCUGCCCAGCAGGUGGUGGCCGUGGUGAUGGACAUGUUCACAGACGUGGACCUGCUCGGUGAAGUGCUGGAGGCGGCGGCACGCCGCGUGCCGGUCUACAUCCUCCUGGAUGAGAUGAACGCGCAGCACUUCCUAGACAUGGCCGACAAGUGCCGCGUCAACCUGCACCACGUGGACUUCCUGCGCGUGCGCACUGUGGCCGGCCCCACCUACUACUGCCGCACGGGGAAAUCCUUCAAAGGCCACGUGAAGGAGAAGUUCCUGCUGGUGGACUGUGCCGUGGUGAUGAGUGGGAGCUACAGCUUCAUGUGGUCCUUCGAGAAGAUCCACCGAAGCCUGGCGCACGUGUUCCAGGGCGAGCUGGUGUCCAGCUUCGAUGAGGAGUUCCGCAUCCUGUUCGCACAGUCCGAGCCUCUGGUGCCCUCGGCCGGGGCGCUGGCCCGCAUGGACGCUUACGCGCUGGCUCCGUACGCGGGAGCCGGGCCCCUUAUGGGCGGCCAGGUGACCGGGGCGCCGACCCCCUUCUCCUUCCCCAGACGAGCGCACCUCCUGUUCCCACCGCCUCGGGAAGAGGGCCUGGGUUUCCCGUCCUUCCUCGACCCCGACCGCCACUUCUUGUCGGCCUUCCGCCGGGAGGAGCCGGCGCGGAUGCCGGGUGGAGCCCUGGAGCCGCACGCCGGGCUGCGGCCGCUGUCGCGGCGGCUGGACGCGGAGACGGGACUCGGGGGCGAGCUCGCGGGCCCGCGGGGCUUCUUCCAGGCCCGGCACCUGGAGAUGGACUCCUUCAAGCGGCACAGCUACGCCGCCGCCGACGGCGCGGGCGCGGUGGAGAACUUCGCGGCCGCGCGGCAGGUGUCACGGCAGACGUUCCUCAGCCACGGGGACGACUUCCGCUUCCAGACCAGUCACUUCCACCGUGACCAGCUCUACCAGCAGCAUUACCAGUGGGACCCGCAGCUGGCGCCGGCGCGCCCGCAGGGCCUGUUCGAGAAGCUGCGCGCUGGCCGCCCGGGCUUCACCGAGCACGAAGACUUCGCGCUAGGGCCCGGGCCACGCUUCCCCGAGCUCGGACCCGACGGACACCAGCGGCUGGACUACGUGCCGUCCAGCGCGUCACGCGAGGUGCGCCACGGCUCAGACCCCGCCUCGGGGCCCGGGCCCCGUGGCCUGGAACCCAGCGGGGCUCCACGCCCCAACCUGGGCCAGCGCUUCCCGUGCCAGGCGGUGGCGAGGCUGGGCCCGGAUGCCGCCUCCGACGCAGAGCCCGAGCGCAGGGGCGGGCCCGAGGGGCGGGCGGGGCUGCGGCACUGGCGCCUGGCGUCCUACCUGAGCGGUUGCCAUGGCGAGGACACCUGCGAAGAGGGCCUGCCGGCGCCCAUGGAGGCUGAGGCCUAUGAAGACGACGUUCUGGUGUCCGGGGGCCGAGUGGCCCCCGGGGACCUGCUCCCUUCAGCCUCCCGUGCACCCUUCCCGGCCAAGGGCCUGGUGCCUUGCUCUGGCGGCGGCGGUGGUGACAACCCAGAGCGCGAGGGCCUGGAGGAGGCAGGUCUGGCCAAGCAGGACUCUUUCCGCUCCCGCUUGAACCCGCUGAUUCAGCGCAGCUCGCGCCUGCGCUCCUCCCUGAUCUUCAGCGCUUCGCAGGCCGAGGUCGCCUGUGGGGCCACGGGGGCCACGGCAGCCACCACUGAGAAGGCGCAGUUGCUGCACAAGGAGCAGGCGGUCAGCGAGAUGCUGGGCCCUGGUGGCGAUGCCGUGCGCUCCGCCACUUCCACCAAGGUGGCCGAGCUCCUGGAGAGAUACAAGGGCCCGGCGCAUGAUGCCGGCGGGACGGGGGCCCCAGUCACAGUCACCAGCCACAGCAAGGCUGUUGUGUCCCAGGCAUGGCGGGAGGAGGCGGUGGCGCCCAGUGGGGCAGGAGGCGAGCGCCGCAGCCUCGAGAGCUGCCUGCUGGACUUGCGGGACUCCUUCGCACAGCGGCUGCACCAGGAGGCAGAGAGGCAGCCGGGAGCUGCCACGCUUACCGCUGCCCAGCUGCUAGACACGCUGGGCCGGAGUGGUGCCGACCGGCUGCCCUCUCGCUUUCUCUCUGCGCAAGGCCGCUCCGCCUCCCCACAAGGGCGGGUCAGCCCCCCGCUGGAGGGGUAUGGGCCCCGCCAGGCACCUCACCCUGAGCCAAGAGGGAGCCCCACCUCUGCUUACCCUGAGCCAAAAGGAAGCCCCACCUCGGCCUAUCCUGAGCGCAGGGGUAGCCCGGUCCCCCCUGUACCGGAGCGCAGGGGCAGCCCCGUCCCUGCUGUGCCCGAGCGCAGGGGCAGCCCCGUCCCUGCUGUGCCCGAGCGCAGGGGCAGCCCCAUCCCUGCUGUGCCCGAGCACAGGGGCAGCCCCGUCCCUGCUGUGCCCGAGCGCAGGGGCAGCCUGACCCUUACCUUCUCCGAGGAGUCUCCGAAGACUGGGACCGCGGAGGAGACGGCUGGCGGCCCCAUGGAAGUCCUGCGCAAGGGCUCACUACGUCUCCGCCAGCUGCUGAGCCCCAGGGGUGAGCGGCGCACGGAGGAAGAGGGCGGCUUCCCAGCGCCACAGGAGAACGGGCAGCCCGAGAGCCCCCGGCGGCCGUCCCUGGGGAGGGCGGAUAGCACGGAAGCGGCCACUGGAGACGAGCGGGGCCCAAGGGCGCGCACAGCCUCUGCCACGGCCAACGCUUUGUACAGCAGCAACCUGCGGGAUGACACAAAAGCCAUUCUGGAGCAGAUUAGCGCCCACGGCCAGAAACACCGCGGAGUCCCUGCGGCGGCCCCGGGCCUGGCUCACAGCAGUCCUGAACUGGGCCGCUCCCCAGCUGCUGGCGGCCUGGCUCCGGACAUGUCCGACAAGGACAAAUGCUCUGCCAUCUUCCGCUCGGACAGCCUGGGGACCCAAGGUAGACUGAGCCGUACCCUGCCAGCCAGCGCGGAGGACCGCGACCGGCUGCUGCGCCGCAUGGAGAGCAUGCGCAAGGAGAAGCGUGUCUACAGCCGCUUUGAGGUCUUCUGCAAAAAGGAAGAGGCUGGGGCCGCAGGGGCGGGGGAGGGCCCGGCGGAGGACGACACGAGGGACAGCAAGGUGGGCAAGUUUGUGCCCAGGAUCCUGGGCACUUUCAAAAAGAAGUGAGCCCCCUGGUCCCCCAGCCCCCGACCGGGCGCCCACCUCACUGCCCACCACCAGGCAAGGUGCCUGGAGCUCCCAAGGACGCGGUUGGGAAGCGGCGGUGGUUUAGCGCGGCGGCACCCGGCCCUCACCCAGCUGCUGGCCCGGCCCGGCCCGGCCCCUCCCUCAUGCCAUGCGUUACUCCUCCAGCUCCACCCCUGCCGCAGGGCCCCAGCCGUUCCCUUUGUAGCAUCCCUGUCCACCGUCUCUGGGCUUCAGGGCCCCUUGAGACCUGCAUUCACCUCAGGUCCUGAUCUUUUUGUGCCUUAGGUCCCCACCCUUUCGGGGGCCCAUCUUUUUGUGCCUUAGUCCCCCAUCUUUGGGGGCCCCAGAUCUCAGGGCUUCCGUGUCUCAGGACUCCCCUCUGCUCACUGCCCCCCCCCCCCCCCUCGCCCGGCUGCUUUGCCACUGCUGCGGCUUUCCUGUAUGCGGGCAGCCCAGCCUCUCUCUCUCUCCCCCUGGCCGGCAUCUCCCCUGCACCCCGCGGCUCCAGGCUUGCUUCCUGCCCCGCUUGCAUUCCUCCUCCUGGCCUCUCGGCCUCCUGGCACCCUUCUCAGUGGCCGUUCACUGCAGGGGGAGCAGAGUGGUUCGGGCGGCUGGUGAUGGCAGUGGGAUACACCCAGACCCAAAGGGGGUCCGUCUCAGGAAGCACAGUCCAGGGGGUUGCUGACGGCGGGGUGCCCAGGGGACUCCUGAGAGACCGUCCUGCCAGAACUGAGGCCGACCUGGUGGCUCUUCCUGUGGGGCUCCAGCCAGCACCCCAGCCCCCAGCAAGGGCUGAAGAGCUGGGAGCGUUGGCGUUUGUAACACUCGGAAGCCAGGUCUGGAUGGAGGCUUGUGCUUGACUGGGCGAGGGGAAGGGUCCGUGCGGUGGUGCAGGACCGCUUCACGUUCCCUGUUCUGGAUCCUUCCUUCUUUGUCACCAACCUGCAAAAUGGAAGUUUUGUUUCUGUAUCUCUCUCCUCCGGACAGUGACUUUGAUUGGAAUAACAUUUUGACACCAAAUGCUUAGGAAGCGCCCCGCUGUAAGUGCUAGUAGCAUUGGGAAAUUAGUAUUUCUGCAACUUUUUUGGGGGGGGGUUAAGAAUAAGAAAUGGCAGUCGCUCAGCCUGGGAAAGGAUUUAAGGAACGAGGCUGCUGAGCCGAGGUGGCGGUUCUGACUCCAGGCCCCUGGAGAAGGGUGACGGGGGCUGGGGGACACUGUGGGUCAGGCGGAGGAGGUCACCGAGGAGCCAGACGCUCUCCCAUGUCCCUCGGCCUAGAGGCACUUGCUGACCCGUUUACUUUUGCAUGUCUCAGCGCAGCCCUGGUCUGUGUCCUCCACAUGCUGAAUAACACGUGUCAAAUGUCAUUCUGCACAUCUUGUUGUUAACAAUAAAACACAACACAUUCCUAAA